AUGUCGUCUUUCACUCCUCAAGAUCACAAAAAUUUGGUCGCGGAGUUUAAUGAUACCGACAAUCCUGCUAUACUGGGGCAUUGCAUUCACGGUCUUCUCGAGAGCGCGGCAGACCGCCACAGUGACAACACCGCACUGAGGUUUGCCGAAAAUGAGCUCACAUUCCGAGGCCUCAAUGCUCUUGCUAAUUGCUUGGCUCGGCGCUUACUAUGUCGAGGCGUUGGACGCGGGGACAUCGUAGGCAUCGCCCUCAGUCGCUCCAUUGAGCUGGUUGUGGCACUCUUCGCCGUACUGAAGGUCGGAGCUGCUUACGUUCCGAUCGACCCCGACUUUCCUGCAGUUCGAAUCAAGCAGAUGCUAGUUGACGCUUCGCCAAGUCUUAUACUCGUUGGCGGCAACACCCUUGAGUCACUGUCCGCGUGGGAGGAUAUUUGUUUCAUUGUGGACGAGCUGCCGACAAACGAUGGAUGCACCAAGCGCACGUGGGCAGCAGGAGACAAAAAUGUCGCUGUCGCCGUUCAGCCGGACGAUCUGGCGUGCGUGAUAUACACCUCUGGAACGACAGGAAAGCCAAAGGGCGUGGAAAUGAGCCACGGCUCACUGUCAAAUAUCCUCUUGGCAUUGAAGCAGGAGGUAGAUUGCAAUCCGACAGACAGAAUGUUGGCCAUCACCACUGUUUCGUUCGACAUGGCGCUGCCGGAGUUGUUCCUGCCGUUGAUAAGCGGCGCGACGGUAGUGGUUGCAGGGGCGCAUGAGAUCCGAGAUCCGAAAGAAUUGGUCAAGUCAAUGACACGAUAUGGCAUCAACAUGAUGCAAGGAACGCCUGUGACGUGGCAGAUGCUGCUUGAGUCUGGAUGGCAAGGGCAGGCUCGGCUCACCAAGAUGCUCUGCGGCGGCGAUGCUCUAUCCCGACGCCUUGCGGAUCGACUGCUCUCCUGCGGCGACUCGCUAUGGAACAUGUAUGGGCCAACCGAGACUUCGUACUCGGCUGUUUGGAGGGUGCGCCGAGGGCAAGAAGUCAUCAUCGGCCAUCCGAUUGCCAACGGCCGCUUGUACGUACUCGGCGAAGACAUGUCGCUGAUGCCGUUCGGUUGUCCAGGCGAGCUAUAUAUUGGCGGUGCCAAUGUUGCCCGAGGGUAUCGAAACAAGCCCGAGCUGACCGAGUCUCGUUUCGUUACGAAUCCAUUUCGCGAGGGCAAGCUUUACCGAACCGGUGAUUUAGCCCAGUUCUGCGCUCCUAAGAAACUUCGCGUGCUCGGCCGCAUCGACAGUCAAGUCAAGGUUCGAGGCUUUCGAAUCGAACCUCACGAGGUAGAAGCAACAAUAACCGAUCACUGGUACAUCUCUAGCGCCGCUGUCGUGGGCCGGGAUGACCGAUUGAUUGCGUACUGCGUACGUGACGCCGCAGUUCCUGUGCUGGAACCACUGGCAAAGGUUGUUCUGGAUGGUCUCCUUCGUCCUUGGUUAGCCGACCGGCUUCCGGGAUAUAUGAUACCGGCACUCUUUAUAAGUUUGGAGGCCAUUCCGGUGACUCUGAACGGGAAGGUGGACCGCAAAGCCCUUCCAGACCCAGUAGCACCAAGCUUACAUGGCCGAGUCUUGCUGACGCCUGCUGGGCAACUGGAACGUCAUAUUCUCAGCGUCUGGUCCAAAGUCCUUGGCCAUGACAAUAUAAACCUGGACGACAAUUUCUUUCAAAUUGGUGGCGAUUCUCUUCGAGCGGUCCGGGUACAGCGCGAAUUGGAGACAAUGCUCGGCCAAGCAGUGUCCACAGCCAAGCUGUUCGAGCACCAUACAGCUAGGACACUAGCAGCAUACCUGGCUGGCACAAACACAAACAUGUCCAAGAUCUCUGCGUCACACUCGAACCCUAUCGAUUCGCCUAUUGACGAAGAUAUUGUCAUAAUUUCUAUGGCAUGUCGGCUACCAGGCGGCAUCAGCACACCAGACGAGCUUUGGGCUUUACUCGACCGCGGCGGUGAUGCCAUCACUGACGUACCCAAAUCUCGUUGGGACGCGGAAACUAUUUAUGAUGCAAACCCAGAUUCUCCUGGAAAGUCGUACUGUCGGCGAGGCGGCUUUCUGUCCACCAUUGACGAGCUUGAUGCCCCAUUCUUUGGCAUCACGCCUCGGGAAGCACGAGCUAUAGACCCAUCACAUCGACUGGCACUCGAGGUCUGCUGGGAAGGUUUUGAACGUGCAGGUUAUACCAUGGACCGGCUAAAAGGCAGCCAGACAGGUGUAUUUAUUGGCGUCAGCGAUGUCUCAGGGUACCACCGUUUCGACGCUGCCACUUCGGAGACUCUGCAGAAACUCGACGGUUACACAGCGACGGGCUCCGCAGGUAGUACCAUGUCCGGGCGGAUUUCGUACUUUUUGGAUCUCCGGGGCCCAACCAUGACUAUAGAUACGGCCUGCUCCUCGUCACUUGUGACAUCGCACCUCGCCUGCACGGCCCUCCGUCGAAGAGAGUGCGAUUUGGCCGUGUCCGCGGGUGUGAGCCUGUUGCUCAACCCAGCUUUGCAUGUAGAGUUUAGUCGCUUGCGCGCCAUGUCUCCAGACGGCCACUGCAAGGCCUUUGCAGCUGAUUCGCGGGGCACGGGUUGGGGAGAGGGGUGCGCCGUGGUACUCUUGAAGCGACUGACUGACGCGCAUCGUGAUGGCGAUUUUAUCCACGCCGUGCUUCGCAGCACUGCAGUCAACCAUGGCGGUCGCAGUGCCGGUCUAACGAUCCCCAAUGGGGCCGCCCAGCAGCAACUGAUCCGCACAGCUCUUGCGGCGGCGAAGCUGCAGCCAGGGGACAUCGACUAUGUCGAGGCUCAUGGCACCGGGACGAGACUGGGUGACCCCAUCGAAGCCACGGCGCUCGCUGAGGUCUUUGGCAAUGCUCGUACAGACAAGAUUCCAUUGCUCAUUGGCUCUGUCAAGUCCAAUCUUGGUCACACGCAAGCCGCGGCUGGUCUCGUCGGCUUGCUAAAAGUCGUGUUAGCCAUGGGAUACAGCACCCUGCCACGGACCUUACACGCAGCUGAGCCUACCCCGGCGGUGGACUGGCAGGGGGCAAACAUGGCACUGGUACAGAAGAGCCAAGCAUGGCCAACUGAUGUGAGUAGGCCGCGUCGGGCCGGAGUCAGCGCAUUUGGUAUUGGUGGUACGAACGCCCAUGUCAUCGUCGAAGAGGCCCCGAAGCAGACCGAUGAACCCGACGAGGUGAACUCGGGGGCUUCAAUAUCGACCACUAUGCCAUUCCUUCUGUCGGCAUAUGACAAGCAGGCUCUAAGCCGACAGGGGGAAAAACUCCAUCAGUUCAUCAGCGAGAUGAACGGCCAACGUCCCCUAUGGGAUGUUGCGUUCUCCUUGGCCACCACCCGCACUCAUUUUCGCCGACGGGCUGUAUUAACUGCAUCUAACAAGUCAGAGCUAUCGAAGCAGCUGGUCCCCGGCAUAAACCUUUCUCCAAUCUCGCUCGACGAUGGUCACUCCGGAAAGCCAGUCCUAGCUAUGCUUUUUACAGGCCAAGGCAGUCAGUACCCCGGGAUGGGUAAAGGCCUAUAUGACACGUAUCCCGUCUUCCGCAACGCACUCGAAGAGGUCGCCGCAGAGUUUACCGAGCUGGAACCCUGCUUACUCGAUGUCAUGUGGGCUGCGCCGGGCAGCGCCGCCGCAGCAUUGCUGGACCGUACGGAUUUUGCACAACCGGCCCUGUUCGCGUUGGAGGUAGCACUGUGGCAACUGUGGCAAAGUUGGGGAGUUAUACCAGACUUCGUCAUAGGGCAUAGCCUCGGCGAGCUCGUGGUUGCGUACGUCACAGGCAUCUUAGACCUUCACGACGCCUGCCGGUUGGUUGCGACGCGCGCUUCCUUGAUGCAAUCACUCCCCAGUCAAGGGAGGAUGGCGUCUUUAGAAGUCAGUGCGUCAGAGGCUGCCGCAGUAAUCGCUCAUUUGGGACAUACCGGCUCGGUGGAAAUAGCAGGAUACAACACCCCAAGACAAACGGUCAUUACCGGUGACAUCGACGCCGUUGAGAGAGUAGUGGCCCAUUUCGAGAAAAACAGUCACAAGACCAAAUAUCUCAAGGUCGACCGCGCAUUCCACUCUCGCAAUAUGGACGCCAUUCUGGAGGAGUUUCAAGCGACGGCUCACACGAUACACUUCAAGCCAGCCAAAUUGGCAGUCAUCAGUGGCUUGACGGGAAAGUCAGCCAUGCCCGGUGAGCUUGAGGUCGCAGAGUACUGGGUAAAACAGAUGCGGCAGCCGAUCCGCUUCAACGACAGCAUCCAGGAGGCUACGAGCGAAGGCGUUAAGAUCUUCUUGGAGCUAGGUCCUCGACCAGUGCUUUGCGGGCUCGGCGUGGAAUGUCUCGAUGAUAAGGAUUUCAAGUCUCACGCUUGGCUUCCUUCCCUGAUUCCAGGAAAGAAGGAAACAUCAGCCAUCCAGCGCAGCGUCGGAAGUUUGCAUGUGCAGCAUGUACCGAUCGACUGGGAGGCCUACUUCAAGCCCUUUGGUUGCCGUCGUGUGGAGUUACCAACUUACGCCUUUUGUCGGGAGAGGUCUCGUCCUGAGACGCAUCCAGGCAAGAGCGAUAGCAGGCCGCCUCUUCCUACUGCUGCCCCUACUGAGGAGAUCCACUCCGGCGGAGACUCAACUCUUCAGGGUGACUGCAGAUGGCUAUUCGAGGUCAAAUGGCACCUCGUCAAGCCGGCCAAUCGCGCCACUUGCGAUGAGACAUGGGGCCUGUUACUCCCAUUUGGUACCGUGCCAUGGGAGAGGAAGAUAGAAUCCGCCCUAUCUUUGGCUGGCAUACAACUCGUUCGAGUCGGGGGCCUGCAGGACGCCAACGGUAUGAAAGGGCUGCUGUGUCUGUGGGAUCUCGAUGCAGAGACUCUAUUCCAGGCGCGCAAUCUCACUUCGAAGGCGCUGCUGCAACUGCAGACAGCCGUCCGGUCUGGGUUUACGCGGCCGUUGGUGUGGGUGACCCGCUGUGCCGUCGGAGUUGAAGCCGGCGCCGGAGCGGGACCCACAGGGCUCGGAGCGGCGCUGUUGUGGGGCCUCAUGCGAACCGCCCGGAGCGAGCAUCCGGAUUUGCGCUUUCGCCUAAUCGACGUUUGCGAUGAUCCGGAGGGGUCCGGGAUCGUCUCGGCACUAAUGCUGGACAAUGAAGCAGAAUGCGCCGUACGCCGGGGAACAGUGCUUGUGCCACGAAUGCAUCGCGUUGCCGAGUCUGUCAGGCCGCCACCUAAGGAGCGACUCGUGCGAUCUGACGGUGCCGUCCUGAUCACGGGUGGGCUCGGCGAUAUAGGAAGUAGGAUAGCUCGCUGGCUAGCGACAUGUCAUGGUGUCACCGACGUCGUGCUGACCUCGCGCCACGGCAAACAAGCUCCUGGGGCGGACUCACUGGUGGCCGAGCUUGCCAGACUUGGUGCCAAAGCAACUGUUGUUGCUGGUGACAUCUCUGACCUAAACAGUGUAAAGUCGAUCAUGGCAAACUUUACCGAGAAGCGGCCACUACGGGGCGUGGUUCAUGCGGCCGGCGUGUUGGAUUCAGGUGUCAUCUCGACCCUCACUCAGCAGCAGUUCGAGGCGACCUGUGGUCCCAAAGUGCAUGGCGCUUGGAACCUACACCAGGUCACUCGGAACAUGAACCUAGACAUCUUCGUGAUGCUUUCAUCCAUAUCCGGCGUAUUGGGUAUGCCGGGCCUCGCAAACUACGCUGCUGCCAAUACCUUUCUCGACGCUCUAGCUUACUUGCGCCAUGCCCAGCACCUGCCAGCCACAUCAGUGGCCUAUGGCACCUGGGACAGUCAGGGCAUGGUAGCAUCGUUGGCCAAGACGACUCGAACUCACCUCAUUCAAUUCGGCCUUGACUUCCUCAAUCCGGAAGACGGUUUGAAAGGCCUUGAACGGGCUGUGCGCAGUGGCCGGCCCCUCACCAUUGCUGCUGCACUCGACCUCGGGCGACUUCAGCAAUACUAUGGACAGAAUGGGGGUAUACCACCGCUCCUCGGCCCACUACUACACCAGCACAAUGCGGAGGAGCGCCGAACAUCAAACUUGCGCAAGACAGUAGCAAGUGCGCCGCCGGAGAAGCGUGGUGUGCUCGUGUUGCGCAAAGUCAGACAGACGGUGGCUCAAGCAUUGGGGUUCGAGCAUCCGGAGCAGGUGGGUGUCACCGAGCCAUUGCAAGGCAUUGGGAUAGACUCCUUGACUGCGGUAUUGAUACGUAACCACCUGUCGUCCCUUACAGGUCUGGUGCUGUCUGCCAAUAUUGCCUUUAUUUAUCCCAACCUGAAGGAGCUGAGCCGCUCUCUGCUGUCCCAGCUCGAAGACAUCCAAGAAAAGUCGGUGUCUACACCGCCUGAGAACUCGUCGCCGGCUACAACGACAGCGCAAAGCUCGCCUUACCUGGACAUGACUGCCAUCCGACAGGGAUGUCUGGAUCCUAGCUUCACCUUCAACAGCGCAACUGCAGAACCUGUAUCACCUGUCGCGCCGCGCCCCACGUCUGUGCUCGUCACUGGCGCCACCGGCUUUGUCGGUGCAUUCAUUGUGUACGAGCUUCUGUCACAAGGCGCUGCCGUGCAUUGUUUAGUCCGCGCCACCUGCGUGGAGGAGGCACAGCGAAGAUUACUCGAAACACUGGAGUUUUACGACCUUUGGGAUUCCAGCUUCGUGCCACUGGUAAAGGUGGUGGUCGGCGAUAUGGCGCAGCCCCUUCUCGGCCAGAGCCCAGAUGGAUUUGCAGACCUUGCAGAUCAAGUUGACGCCAUCUGUCACUCGGGAGCUCUUGUCGACUGGAUGCGCCCCUUGGAAGACUACGUUGGUCCUAACAUCGUCAGCACGCAUGAGAUUCUUCGACUCGCUUCCACUGGUCAGAGGAAGGCGGUUCAUCUAGUGUCUACCAUUUCGACUUUGCCAAGACACAUGGGCUGCAUGCUGGCUCCCGAUGAUCGCGAGUACGGAUACGGUACCUCCAAGUACUUGGCCGAGCGGAUGCUGGCAGCGGCCCGUUGGCGAGGCGUAUGCGCCUCUAUAUAUCGCUUGCCGUUCGUCACCGCCUCAUCGACCACGGGCCACUUCCGUCGCGAUCAGGGAGACUUCUUGCACAACCUGAUUGCCGGAAGUCUAGAGUUGGGGUCUUUCCCUUCUUUAGACGGCGACCUCUCCGCCGUGCUGCCCAUUGACUACAUCAGUAGGACCAUCGUGUCAAUCAUGAUACACGACAUUCACCGGAUUGGGCAGGACUUUGACUUUGUUAAUACUCGUGCGCCGCGCUUCAACGACUUCUUCAAGGCCAUGAUUGCUAUCGAUGGCGGUCAGGAAAUUGUUCCGUUCCAGACGUGGAAGGCCAGGGCCCUGAAAUACGCCGCUGCACAUCCGACAAGCCCGCUAGCCCGCAUCGCGUCCAUUCUGGAUGGAUAUGCUAGCGAGACUGCCGCCUCAAUGAUACAGGGCGGCAUGCCUGUCGGAGAGCAUGUCCUUGGAGACAAUGAUUAUCCGGUGCCCUUGAUCAACGAGCAGACCGUUCGCCGCUACGUGAAGCAGAUCAAAUCAUCGCGAAAGGAGCAGUCUGAUGCACUUGCGGCGUCGUCUCCGAUUAGCGAUUGUGCACAAGCAGACGGGGUAUGCCGUUGA